AUGGACAUCGAGUCUACUACACAACCAUCACCAACCCCAAUUACCCGCCUCAACUCCUACGUUGCUGCCAGCCGCAUCGGGAGACGCUUCAAGCUGAUGGAGCGGAGGAGCAGCUUCACCACAGAGCUCCGGGCGGGCACGGCCACGUUCCUCACCAUGGCCUACAUCCUGGCCGUCAACGCCUCCAUCCUCUCGGACUCCGGCGGCACCUGCUCCAUCUCCGACUGCACCCCCAUCUGCUCCGACCCAUCAGUCCCUGCCCCCGACUGCCGCGGGAGGAACAGCACCCUCGUCCCCCCCACCCCAGCCUGCAAAUUCCCCCCGGUCAACCCGGGGUACGCCGCGUGCCUUGAGACCACCAAACGAGACCUGAUAGUGGCCACAGCCGCAUCCUCCAUUGUGGGCUGCGUGAUCAUGGGGGUGUUUGCCAACCUCCCCCUCGCCCUGGCCCCCGGGAUGGGUACCAACGCCUACUUUGCCUACACCAUAGUCGGCUUCCACGGGUCGGGGGAUCUCUCCUACCGUGAGGCCCUUGCUGUGGUCUUCAUGGAAGGCCUCAUCUUCCUGCUCAUCUCCGCUGUCGGCCUACGGGCCAAACUGGCCAAGACGGUGCCCAAGCCAGUGCGCAUCUCGUCCGCAGCUGGGAUCGGCCUCUUCCUGGCCUUCAUCGGGCUGCAGAGCAGCGAGGGGAUUGGCCUCAUCGGCUACAACCCCACCACUUACGUCACCCUUGGAGGCUGCCCCAGCUCCGCACGUGUAGCCGUGGCACCCUACUUUGCUUUCAUGGCGGACGCGUCGGCCAUCGUGGUGGGGUCGUUGCUGGGGACUUCGCCCGUGACGGCGUUCAUAGAGUCGUCGACGGGAAUAAGGGAGGGGGGCCGCACGGGGCUCACCGCUCUGGCCGCUGCCGCCUACUUUGGGGCGGCUCUUUUCCUGACGCCGCUGCUGGCGUCCAUACCGGCGUGGGCGGUGGGGCCGCCGCUGGUGGCUGUGGGGGUGAUGAUGAUGAGGGCUACUGGGGACGUGGAAUGGGGGGAUAUGAGGGAGGCCAUUCCCGCAUUCCUCACCAUGCUCUUGAUGCCCUUGACAUAUUCCAUCGCCUAUGGCUUGAUUGCUGGCAUCGGAAGCUACGUGGUUCUCAAUGCUUGGGAUUGGGCCCAGGGCUUGCUCAAACUCAUUGCAAAGGAUAAGCCCACUAAAGAGGACGAGGCAUAG